ACCAGCUACCUGCUCAUGUUGCCCCUUUGGUUCAGAGCCCCAUUUUUCAGAGACUACAUCAUGUGUGCAGGUCUAAUUCCUUCCGACAAAGAGAGCGCCACCUACGUACUCUCCAAAAAAGGUGGCGGUAACGCUGUGGUUAUUGCAGUUGGAGGGGCCCCAGAGGCCCUCGAUGCCCACCCCGGUACCUACAAUGUGCUACUGGCUCAGAAGAAAGGCUUCAUCAAAAUUGCGCUGGAGCACGGUGCCCAUCUGGUGCCGGUCUUCUCCUUUGGAGAAAAUGAAGUGUUUGAUCAAGUGGAAAAUCAAAGAGGAACCUGGCUUCGCUGGACACAGGAGAGGCUCCAAAGCGUCAUGGGUAUCUCCCUGCCUCUGUUUCAUGCCCGUGGUGUUUUCCAGUACUCCUUUGGUCUCAUGCCUUACAGAAAACCAAUCAAUACAGUUG